AUGGCCUCCUCUCGGCUCGUUGCUCGCUCGUCGCGGGCUCUUCUCACUCUCCAGCGCAGCCAAUGCCGUACUUUCAGCAUCUCCGCUCUCCGCAACAACGAGUUUGAAGCUCUCAACAAGCGUACAAACGACACGUCGGAAACAUAUCGCAAAUACCAGAUUGAGAGGCCCCUAAACCCUCACAUGACCAACACAACUUCGACCAUUGCCAAUGCGAUGCCUUCGGUUGGCGAGGACGCCCCUCCGCCAGAGUUGAUCACCAACGCAGACGGCAAAUUCGCACCCAAGGACUCGGUACCGGAGAACACGGAGCGCAUGACAGGCGGUACACAGAGCAGCAAAAACCAGGAUAGUCGCAAGAGGGGAACACUAGAAAGUGAUCUUCUUCUCAGUACCUUCGCCGACGCCCACCUGAGCACCAUGUCACCCUCCUUGAUGCAACAAUAUGAUACCUUCCUCGACGAAAACGACUGGGACAUUUACUACUGGGCGACCCAGGAGCCCACACCUACGUCGCACGAAACCGCAGAGGGCGCUGGCUCGACAAUGUCUACCAAAAACGCCCAGGGCAUGGAUGCGGCGACACAGACCAAGCUUCCCGAGAAGGACGAGCGCAAGCGACAACCUGGCGAGGGCGAGUGGGCGCAGACCGUGGGCACCUUCAAGCCCGCGUACAGACCAGUCCCGUCAAGAUGGAAGGGCAGCGAGAUUCUCAGUCUACUGAGGAGGCAUGUCAAUGAGCGCAAGGCAGGAGGUGUUGUUGAAGGAACAGGAAAGUCACAGGAAGGCAAGGGUCUCGGCAUGAUGCCCGAGAUCAAGAACUUUGACCAGUAA